AUGUCUCUCAUGAAUGAUUCACAUAUCUCCACAUCCACAUUUUUCCUGGUGGGCAUCCCAGGCCUGGAGUACCUACAUACUUGGAUAGGGAUUCCCUUCUGUUCCCUGUAUGUGGUGGCUGUGGUGGGGAACAUGACAAUCCUCUGUGUGGUACGAGUAGAGAGAAGCCUACAUGAGCCCAUGUUCUUCUUUCUGUGCAUGCUUUCUGUCACUGACCUGGUCCUCUCCACCUCCACUCUGCCCCGAAUGCUCUGUCUCUUCUGGCUUGAUUCACAUCAAAUUGCUUUUGAAGCCUGUCUAACUCAGAUGUUCUUUAUCCAUAGCUUUACAGCCAUGGAAUCUGGCUUUUUCUUGGCUAUGGCCUUUGACCGUUAUGUGGCCAUUUGCAACCCACUGCGCCAUACUACCAUUCUUACUAAUGCCUGGAUAGCCAAGAUUGGAGGGGCUGUGGUGCUUCGGGGUGUGGCCUUCUCUCCACACCCUAUCUUGCUCAAACAAUUGCCAUACUGUCGGACUCGCAUUAUAGCCCAUACCUACUGUGAAUUUAUGGCAGUGGUGAAAUUGGCAUGUGUAGACACAGGUUCCACAAAGCGUUAUAGUUUAAGUGUGGCCUCUGUAAUUGGCUCCUGUGAUGGCUUCUUCAUUGUUAUCUCCUAUGUCUUGAUUCUCCAUGCUGUUUUUCAACUCCCAUCCCGUGAGGCUAGCCUUAAGGCAUUAGGGACAUGUGGCUCCCAUGUCUGUGUGAUCCUUGUCUUCUACUCUACAGCUGUUUUCACAUUUCUCACCCACCGCUUUGGCCACAAUGUACCACCUCAGGUCCACAUUUUCAUUGCCAACAUGUACUUGUUGGUUCCUCCCUUUCUCAAUCCCAUUGUAUAUGGGGUCAGGACCAAAAAAUUCCAGGACUAUGUUCUUGGGGCAUUGAAGGUCAAGUUUGUCUGA